GCCGCCGCCGCCGCCGCCACCACCGUCGCCGCCGCCACCGCCGGGAGCACCGCGCGCCUCGGGCUCCACGCGCCGGCCAGCGCAGCGCCCGCCGGCUCCGCCGCGCCCGCCAGCCCCGCCGGCCCCGGGCCGCCGCCACCACGCCGCGCGCCGUACUCCGCGUCAAGAAUGGGGCGGCCAAGCUGCCCAAGCCGCCCGCCGCCGCCGCGGCCGCCGCGGCCGAGGCACCGGGCGCCGGCGCGGGCAUGGAGCGCUCGCAGAGCCGCCUCAGCCUGUCCGCCUCCUUCGAGGCGCUCGCCAUCUACUUCCCAUGCAUGAACUCCUUCGACGACGAGGACGCAGGAGACAAUCGGAGGCUGAAGGGGGCCAUACAGAGAAGCACGGAGACGGGCCUGGCUGUGGAGAUGCCCAGCCGAACGUUGCGCCAGGCCAGCCACGAGUCCAUCGAGGAUAGCAUGAACAGCUACGGCUCAGAGGGCAACCUUAACUAUGGAGGAGUCUGCCUGGCAUCAGAUGCCCAGUUCAGUGACUUCCUGGGCAGCAUGGGGCCAGCCCAGUUUGUGGGCCGCCAGACCCUGGCCACCACCCCCAUGGGGGACGUGGAGAUCGGCUUGCAGGAGCGCAAUGGUCAGCUAGAAGUGGACAUCAUCCAGGCUCGGGGACUGACAGCCAAGCCAGGAUCCAAGACACUGCCAGCGGCCUACAUCAAGGCGUACCUAUUGGAGAAUGGCGUCUGCAUUGCCAAGAAGAAAACCAAAGUCGCUCGCAAGUCGCUGGACCCGCUGUACAACCAGGUGCUGCUGUUUCCUGAGAGUCCCCAGGGCAAAGUCUUGCAGGUGAUCGUGUGGGGAAACUACGGGCGGAUGGAAAGGAAGCAGUUCAUGGGUGUGGCCCGCGUGCUGCUGGAGGAGCUGGACUUGACCACCCUGGCCGUGGGCUGGUACAAGCUCUUCCCCACCUCCUCCAUGGUGGACCCAGCCACAGGUCCCCUGCUCCGGCAGGCAUCCCAGUUGUCCCUCGAGAGUACCGUAGGGCCCUGUGGCGAGCGAUCUUAGUGCCAGGGAUGGGGAAGGGCUCCCCAAGAUGGCCUGGAGACUGCCCAGCCCUUACCUGGGACCCCAGGCCCAGGGGCACACUGGACAGAGGAGGAUGGGGUUCUCCCCCACUGUGGGGAAAUGAAAUGGGGAGACCUGCCCCCCUUGGGCCCCUCCUCACCCCUUUGCCUCGUACCCCUGACACCUUCCCUCUCCCGAUGGGUUGGCUGCACUUUUGACUUGGCCAGUGUAGACCUGGUGGAUGUGGCUGUACAUGGAGAAAGACUGAGGCGGGUGAGCACAUCGCUCACCCUCCCCAAUACCGUUCCACGCGUCCCCCUCUCGCCUCCUCGGAAGCUUGCUGCCCGGAGCCAAGUCCAGAACCCAGCCGGCCAUCUCCAUGGUGCCAAUUACCAGCAAGUGUCUUUCCUGCGGCACCGGGUUCAGGCAGCUACUCCUGCCCUAGAGCUGAUGGGGCAGCUUUGCAAGGAUCCGGAGCCAGCUCCCGGGGGUCCAGAGCCCCCUACUUGAAGAGGAGCUCUGGCUUCCCUCUGCCUGCCCAUGGAAGGAGCUUUGCCGCAGCCUGUCUGAGUCCAUCUGUCCAUCCCCUCCUGCCUGCCCCUCUUCUGGUGGCUGUAGGAGCCAGGGGCCAGCAGGGACCAAAGGAAAGGAGAUGUCUGAAGCUGGUAGACUCCCAGGGUGCCUUGCUCUGCUGGUCUGGGAACUGGAGAGGACACUGUCACCUGUGCUUUGGUAGAAAAGAGGUGUGGGACUCUGAGUUUCCAGAACCCCACACCCAGGGAGCUCACUGUCUGGGCAUAGAGGGCACACUAGGGUACACAGGGGAGGCUGAGGAAAACUGAGGCUGGGAUUGGUGGUGCCAAGGUAAGGCUCUCCAAAUGGGAGAGCCUCUCCUUUUGAAUGAGGUCAAAGGUCAUUUGUCUAUCCCUGGGCCUUCAGGCCAAGGGAAGUGGGGGGCCAUUAGAGCCCCCCCUCCCAUUUUAGUCUUUUUAAAUAACUCAUUCUGUACUAAGGGCAGAACCCACUGCCUGGGCCUCAGUCACCUUGGCUCAAGGAGAGAUGGUGUUGGGGAAGGAGUGGGAAAGCAGAGCUGAGCAUUGGGAGGCCUGGGUAGCUGCCUUUCCCAUGGCUCUCCCCUUGCCGGGGCCUGUGGGAACCCUUAUUGCAUGCAGGAGGUGGCAGGCUGGCCCCUCUUUAUAGAAGCACAUUUCUGCCACCUCCCCUGGGAGGCACCAACAGCCUGCCAUCCUCUUCACCUAGUCCCUGCUGUGUAGGGCGUAGUCCAGGUUAGCUAGGUAGUUAGAGUUCACAUCCUGGGGCCUAUCCUUAGCUCAGAAGUAGUCUUUCCCAAGUCCCAGGCCAGGGGUGGGGAGAGGAAGCCCCAUACAUUCCAGGAGAUGUCUGGCUGGCCCGGGCUGGACCAGACAGCCUGGGGAGGCUAGCCCUUCCUCCUCCCCUUCCUUCUCCCUUUCCUGUAGGGUUAUACACCCCUCCCCAGCCCCCCACCUCCCCGUGAUACUCAGUGUUCUGAUGUGUUAUCCUUGGCCCUGAUUUUCCUGACAAGGCGCCUCUGAGGGUUGCUGGGCCCGGAGGAGGGGCCUGGACUGCUUUAGAGGGGGCCGUUUUUCUACAGAGGAGGCCCGGGCUGUUCUGGCCCUUCAUUCCUGGUCCACCAGGGAUUCUUGCCCCUUAGAAAUUCUCCCUGUCCCUUAGCUUGGUUAAGCCCUGGGUGACCUUUAACAUGUUCUGAUGGAGUUUUGUCACCUCCAUGCAGCCUCUUGGGUACCUAGGGAAGGGGAGGUCGAGAUGGGCUCUUCUCAGCCAGCUGGGCAUCAGAGCUCCGCCAUGCCCGGGGCCCGGACGAGGGAGCAGGGCUCCAGUAGGCUCCCAUCCAAGGCCCAUAGUCAGUACCUCCCCUACUUAUUAUUAUUUUUUAACCCAUGUGACUGCUGCUUGUUUAGUACUCACUAAUUGGAAUCUUUCUGGCCAGGAGAGAGAGUGCCUUCUCUCUCCAGCAUCGUUGCUAUGGUUGUUCAGGGGUGGGGCAGAGCCUGGGCAUCCCAAGCAGGGUCAGGGGUGGGGAGCUCAGCUCUGACGUGGUCCUCUCAGCCUGAGCCCUCCCUGGACCGUCUGCAUCCGCGCAGAGCUCGGAGAGACAGAGACUGAGAGAGCUCCAAAGCAAUAACAACACCCCGGGGGUGGUCACCGAGGAUCCCCUCACUGAUUUUUGUGUUUGUUCUGUGAAAUCUCCCUCACCUCCUGGAGGGGUGGGGUGGGGGCUGGAGCCCUGAUUCUUUGUAUCAUCAUCGUAAGCAUGUGCCCCCCUUUCCAAGGGGCUGUGACCAUUGGGUGUGGGAACCAUUUCUGUCCUCACCGAGGGAGGGGUGUCGGGGAGGGAAGCGAUUAUUUUCAUCUCUGGCUUUGGGGAGCCUUUAUGCUCAGCCUCUCUCUGCUGCUGUUUGGCCCAUUGCGAACCAGAUUCCACCAUUGGGAAAGGGGCAGAGAGGGUCCAGGGGAGGUUGGGGUCUCUAGGUGGGAUUCUUUCUUGUCCCUGGGUAGAGAUCCUGCUGGUGUGGGAGGGUGGAGGCCGGCUUGCUCUACUUUCUGUCCCCCAGAGCACUUGUUCUUUACUGGGGAACCUUUAGUCCACUACCAUUUUACAGAUGCCAGGCCUGGGAAGAGCCACCCUGGGGUCACCUGGGGAUACAGCGGCACCCCAGCCUGAGUCUCUUUGCAUCUGACUGAGCUGGAGCCGGGGUGGGCCAAGUAGAACUGCAUCUUGUACUUCUUUCAUCUCUUCAGAGCCUGCUAGAGUCUCCUAGUUCCCCGCCCCCCCGCCCGCCAAGUAUGAGCAGAACAAGUUGUACCCCCCUGAGAGGUUAAGAGCUCAGCGCAGGAAGUGAUGUGCUCAAGGCCCUCCCGCACUUGAGCCCCUGGGAGCAGAGCAAAGGGCUCCAUUGUGCUUCUUUCCUGCAGUGCGUUCUCUGUGCCUGGGCCCUCUCUCUCUGCCACCAUCAGUGUUUCUGGGCUCCACAGCCCUGCCUGGGUCCAUCUACCAGACCAGUGUCUGUUGAGACU